AUGGGGAAGAGAUGGGGUUUUUAUGGUCUUGGUGGGGGUUACACACCCACUCUUCGCAUCAAGGAACAAAAAGAUUCUAGUGACAAGGACAUCCCAGAUUGUACACCCGAGUCACCAUCUACAUCAAACGAUGUUGCAACUCUUCAAGUUAAUGCUGAGGCCAAAUUGGCCCAGCAAUUAGCUCAUGAAGAAAUUUUUGGGGACAUCCCUCCUCGUGAAGAACCCCUUGAGGAUAUGACUUCGCAUGAGGAAAUUCUUCGUCGAGAACUAGCACGUAUGGAUGAACGUCCUGGAGUUGGGCCAAGCCGAAGACAUACAAAUCCUGUUGAUGACGACGAGGACAAGGAACCCAUGGAUACUGAUUCUAAAUGUGAUGAUAAUCCAAUUCCUCGAGGCAGAAAUGUUGAUGAUGACAAUGAUGAUUCUUCAAGAAAUCCUGCUCAUCCACUUGCAGAUGCAACAAAAGAAGAUAAUUCUGAUGAUUCUUCUGACUCCUCUAGCUCUAGUGACUCUGAUGAUAACAAUGAUGCCAAUCGUGAUGCCAACCCAAGUCAUCCUCAAGAUGAGAGCGAGGAUAGUCCAAAGGCUGAUGGCACUGAUAAUCAAGAUGAGGAUGAACCACGAAGAGUUUAA